CUGGCCGCGGCUCGGGAGCGGGGGAGGCGCCGCCGGCCCGUCAGCUCGGCGCAGCGCCCGGCGCGGGGUGUUUCCCGGCGCUCAGCCGCGCCGCUCGGGGAAGCCGGAGCCGCGGCGGACCCGCGCCCCGGAGCGGAUGGGCCAGAGCCUGGCCCCCUCACAUGUCUUCUCCCCCUUCAGGCAGGAGCCGGUGGAGGGAAGAGGAGCUGCAGAAACUCCAGUCUGAGCAGGGCCAGACCUAAAACCACGCACCAGGCAGGAGUGUCCAGCUGCCAUGGCAGAGCCCUGCUCCAGAACCGCUGCACCUGUCUGGCUGGGCCAGCGGAACUGACCUGCAAGCGGCUGAGUCUGGGGUGUUUCCUGCCUGUUACUGUAAGACGAUGCUAGCAGCUCCGAGUAGGAAUUGACCUCUCCCCGCCCUGGGGAUCCGUCCCAUCGGAGCCAGUGGCCACCGGGCACUACAGGCCUGGGCCCCCUCCCAUAGGGCUUGAGGCGGAAUUGCCCUCACAGGAGCAUCGCUGCAGCUGCUGGCCGUGGGUGGAGUUGUCUGCCCAGAGCAGAGCCCUGAGGAUGCCCCGCUGGGAGCCUAGGUGAGAGGUGCUGCAACGGCUCCCCCCUGAGGUACCAUGCCGGUUCCCGCUAUGGCAGCCACCACUGCCAGGUCUUUCUUCUGGGAGGCCUUCCCUCCCAUGCCCACCUGCCGGGUGUACUGCAGCCCUGCGUACCAGGACGGGCACCUCUUUGUGGCGGGGGGCUGUGGCCAGGCGGGGCUGCCCCUGGACACCGUGGAGAUGCUGGAUGUGCUUUCCCAGAAGUGGACGGUGCUCCCUCCGCUCCUCACACCCCGGGCUGGGGCGGCUGCAGUGGCCCUGGGGAAGCAGGUCCUGGUGAUGGGGGGCAUGAAUUCCAGGCAGAGCCCCCUGGCCUCCGUCGAAGUCUUCAACACAGAUGAGGGCAAGUGGGAGAAGGCGGCAGCCCUGGCCCAGCCAUCCAUGGGCAUCUCUGCCGUCGAGAGAGACGGUUUGGUCUAUGCUCUUGGGGGCAUGGGUGCAGACACCUCUUCUCAGGCACUAGUGCGGGUCUAUGAGCCAGCGACUGCCCACUGGCAGCUUCUGCCCUCCAUGCCCACCCCCUGCUAUGGGGCAUCUGCCUUCCUGCAGGGCAACAAGAUCUUCCUCCUGGGCGGGAGGCAGGGCAAGCUGCCCGUCACUGCCUUCGAGGCCUUCGACCUGGAGACAAGGAGCUGGACGCGCUAUCCCAGCGUCCCCAGCCGGCGGGCCUUUGCCAGCUGCGCCAUGGCCGACGGCUGCUUCUUCAGCCUCGGGGGCCUGCAGCAACCGGGACCCCACAACUUCUACUCCCGGCCCCACUUUGUCAACACAGUGGAGAUGUUUGAGCCGGAGCAGGGGGCCUGGAGCAAGCUGGGCCGCGCCGUGCGCAUGCGGGAGAAGAGAGCUGACUUCGUGGCUGGCUGCCUCGGCGGGCGAGUGGUGGUGGCCGGAGGCCUCGGGAACCAGUCAUUCCCCCCUGGGCUCAGUGGAAGGAUUUAGCAUACCAAGGAAGAAAUGGGAGCUGUUGCCCCCCAUGCCCACCAGUCGUUGCUCCUGCUCCAGCUACCAGGCCCCAAGCCUGCUGUUUGUGAUCGGAGGGGUGGCACAGGGCCCCAGCGGCGCAGUCGAGGCUCUCUGCCUGCGGGAAGGGGCAUGAAGCGAGCCCCUGGCAGAAGGAUCCCACCAACAGAGCUGAGGGCAAAGUGCCUGAAGCUGGCGACGGGUGCCACGGAGAGCAAACUCUUUGGAGCUGGUGUGUAGCUCGUAGUUACUGAGUCGGGGCACUAAAGCAGUGACGUUGUUUUUUGCUCGUUAGGCUUUCAGAAGCUGAAAUUAGUUUUCUAGUGUAGCUCAGAGAUGGGAGCGGUCGGUCUGUUCUUGGGGGACAGGAGAGAACCAGGGCAGGGCAAACCGCAGAGGAGUCUGGAAGGAGUGUCAAUGCCAGGGGAUGGGGUGGCUCCCCAGAGCAGCUGAAGGGACUUCACGAUCCUGGGGAAUCCAAAGCUGGCUCUCAGAUGUCAGGUCCUGUUGCGAACACUGCACUUCAGGGGUGGGGGCAACCUGCAGGGCAGCCACCUCCUCGUUCAUGGAGCUCCAGGGUCCAUCUGUCUGUCCCUCAGCAGUCUCUUGGGAGGAGAGCCAGCCCCUGGGUGGGGGAGCUGGUUUGAGCUGCCUGUUGUCCAGUGUGAAUGUCUGUGCUGUCUUUGUGCAGAUGUGUCUUAUGCUGCGCAGUGAGGAGCACCAGUGACUCGCGGGAGGCCAGAGGAGAGCAGUGAGACGUGAGGCUGCUAGUGAAUGCUGUAUUAUUGUAGCCCUGGUCCUGUGUCCCAUGUAGCACAUAUGGUGCCCUGUAUCUCAGUGCCUAGGAGGUGCUGUAGCACCUCAAAUAAAUGAAACAAGUGGAAUUUGA